AUGGAAGACUGCAAACCUGUUAGUACACCCAUGAUGACUAGAUGCAAGUUGACUAAAGAUGAUGCAUCCCCAUCAGUUGAUCACACCACUUAUAGGUCAAUGAUUAGAAGUCUCUUGUACUUGACAGUUAGUAGACCUGAUAUCUUGCAGGCUGUGUGUAUGGUUGCAAGAUUUCAAGUUGGGCCCAAAGAAACUCAUGUAGCAGCUAUGAAGAGAAUUUUUAGGUACUUGAAAGGUAGCAUUGACUAUGGCUUGUGGUACCCUAGAACCAAGGACUUCACAUUAUCAGCUUAUUCAGAUGCAAACUGGGCAGGUGAUGUGGAUGAUAGGAAAAGCACCAGUGGUGGUGCAUUCUAUUUGGGUGGCAGUUUAGUGGCUUGGCAUAGCAAGAAGCAAGAUUCGGUCUCCCUUUCUACUGCAGAGGCUGAGUAUAUAGCAGCCACAUCAUGUUGUACAUAG